AUGAGCAUCCCAAUCUCAACGAUCCCGCCAGCAUCAAGGACAACAUACAUGUUGGAUCAGCUCGAAGGAGAGCGUCUUACACUUCCAGGAAGCAAAGGUGUAUUCCGUAUCCUUGCGUCAUCUAAGCAGACCAACGGCGGGAUCGCCGUCUUCACUAGCGGUGCAGUGCUGUCAGAUGCACCUGGGUUCCAUUGGCAUCAGGAAGCACACGAUGUUUUUUUAGUAACAAAAGGCUUCCUUAAGCUUUGGAAUGGCGACAAAUGCAGAAUACUUGGCCCAGGCGAUUUUGCUUACGUUCCGCCAAAAGUGAUACACAAUCCUGAGCUACUUGGCCCUCACACAGAAACAUUUGGCCUUGUUGCUCCCGGGGAUUGGGUCGACUUCUUUCGUUACGUUGGGGAGACGUACGGCGGCGUCAUUGUGCCUGAAAACGACAACCGCGACCUCAAAUCCAUGUUGAUCCCGAAACUCAUGGCGUCCAAGGAUCGCUUCGACGUUCAUUUUGAGAGAGACCACAAGGCACCUGAAGUAGGCCCAUGGGAAGACUCUGAGAAUCAACUACCAGCUCCUGGGCAAGCAUAUUUUCUGCGAGCAAACACAGGUCCACGAUGGAUCUUAGGUGGUGUUCUCUCCCGACCUUUUAUUCAUGCUGAACAAACUGGAGGAAAGUUUGCUAUCUCAAGCGUAGAAUCAUCGAAUAUUUACGACGCGUCGCAGCAAGCAUUAGCACGUUGGCUAACAUUUAGUGAGGUUGACCACUGCUUUUGUGUGCAAGAGGGCCUGCUUCGGGUGCGAUUGCAAUCUAGUAAUGGCUGGAGUGAGGUGCGUGAAGGGCAGACCCUUGUCGUGGCUGCUGGUGAAACCUUUUCACUAGAUUUUGGUAGUCGAUACGUUCGCGUGUGGUCGUUUACGAACGGACCUGGAAUCGAGGAGCUGAUCAAGCAAGCCGGUAAGAGCUAUGAUGGUUUAGUCAUACCAGACGUUCCUAUCGCAGCUGAUGGUCAUGUAAUACUUACUAUUUGUGAAAAGCUAAACAUCAGCUCUAUUGACCUGUAG